AUGGGUGAUAGUAUACCCGCCCAGGAUGGCCUCCAAAAACAGAUCCUUCUGAAUGCGUUCGACAUGUCUACCGUGGGACACUUGUCUCCUGGACAAUGGAAGAACCCCUCGGACAAAUCGGCCUCGAAACGGAAAUUGGAAUAUUGGAUCGAAUUGGCCAAGCUGCUCGAACGCGGCGGGAUCAAUGCCUUAUUCCUGGCCGAUACCUACGGCGGGUAUGAUACAUAUGAGGGGAAGUUGGACGAGUGCAUUCGACGGGCUGCGCAAUGGCCAGUCACGGAUCCCACUAUUCCCAUCUCUGCCAUGGCCGCAGUGACUAAGAAUCUGGCGUUUGGAAUCACGGCAUCGACAUCCUUCGAGCCACCGUUCCUGCUGGCGAAACGCUUUUCCACGCUGGAUCACCUGACGGACGGGCGCAUCGGGUGGAAUAUCGUCACGUCGUGGAAGAAAGCGGCAUUCAAGGCUAUUGGUUUGGAUACGCCAAUCGAGCACGACGAGCGAUAUCGCCAGGCGGACGAGUAUCUGCGCGUGCUGUACAAGCUCUGGGAAGGUUCCUGGGCGCCUGAUGCCGUCGCCCCAAACCCGCAGACCGACACCUACAUCGACCCCGACAAGGUGCGUCAGAUCAACCACAAGGGGAAAUACUUCUCCCUGAACACCCGACACAUUGCCGACCCGUCACCGCAACGGACGCCGUUCCUGUUCCAGGCGGGGACGUCCGCGGCAGGAUCAACCUUCGCAGCCAACCAUGCCGAAGCGAUCUUUGUCUCGAGCCAUUCCCCGGCCGUGCUCCGGCCCAAAAUCGACAAUAUCCGGAAACUCGCUGCGGAGCAGGGACGGGAUCCGCGCUCGAUCAAGUUCUUUGCAACUUUCACGCCCAUCAUCGGUCGCACGGACGAAGAAGCGCAGGACAAGUACGAGGAGCUGAAGAAGUACGCGUCCGUCGUUGGGGGUUUAGUCCUGUUUAGCGGGUGGACGGGGAUCGAUAUCUCGCGGAUUCCAAUUGAUCAGGACAUCACCGCGGCGGACUCGCUGGAGGCGCACAAGGUGACCAGUUUGCUGGACUCGUUCACGACCACGAGCGAGAAUAUCCCGAGAUGGACGCCGAGGGUCGUGGCCGAGAAGGCGGCCAUCGGCGGACUCGGCCCAGUCAGCAUUGGGAGCGCGGCGCGAGUCGCGGACGAGAUGGAGCGGUGGAUCCGCGAAGCGGACGUGGACGGGUUCAAUAUUGGGUAUGUCACGACGCCGGGGACGUUCGAGGAGGUGGUGGACCUGUUGAUUCCCGAACUGCGGCGUCGUGGAGUGUAUCCGGGGACGACGGAGGAGGGACUGACGGCACGCGAGAAAGUGUACGGGAAGGGACAGAAGGAGCUGCGAGCGGACCACCCAGGCAGCCGCUAUAAGUACGCCGUGUAUGAAGAAGAGGCAGCGUAUGGGGGAGAUGGUAUCUAG